UUGGCUGAGUGUUGGGAAAUUUCUCAAGCCCCAAAGGUUGAAGUGGAUUGGCUGUGUGUGGGUAUAUAUAGGGUCUAUCAGUCCAUCUCGCAGUCAAAGUAGAUGACUGUGUUUUACCUGAAGCAUUCAUUUUCAGCUGUUCUUGUCAAGACGAAAAGGGAGAAAAUGGGGCCACUGCUGCUUUUAGUCUGCAUGCUGGGAGCAACGCUCGCAGCUCCUGUCCCGGAAAGCGGAAGCAAUGAGCAGGUGGCAGCACAUGCUAAUGCUGCCCUGCAUUGGAUGGAGAUGUACCGGAGCUCCCUGCAGCUGGGUUCCCCGAUGGAGGAGCAAAUGAUGGGUGACGCACCUGCUGCAGACCUUCCCGCUCCUCCGGUCAGUGAUGACUCAGAGGAAGAGGAGGAAAAAGCCGCCGCAGCCCCCAAAGCAGCCGCCGCCGCCCCGCUGAACUCGGAGGAGGCUGGCGAGGACGGAGCCGAGGAGGAGGAAGCGGCAGAGGCGGCCGAAGAGGAACCCGCGGCCGAGGCAGAACCCGCGGCCGAGGCAGAACCCGCGGCCGAGGCAGAACCCGCGGCCGAGGCAGAACCUGCGGCCGAACCCGCGGCCGAAGGGGCUACUGAAGCUGUUGCCGAGCCUGCUGCCGAAGCUGCCGCUGUCGACCCGGCCGUAGUGGAGGCCCCUGCUGCGGAGGUAGUCCCAGCCGACGCCACUCCCGUGGUGGAGGCGGCCGCGGUGGAGGCUCCAGCGGUGGAGGCUCCCGCGGUGGAGGCUGCAGCGGUGGAGGUUCCCGCCGCGGAGGCUGCCGCGGUCGAGGCUCAAGUGGUCGAGGCUGCAGCGGUGGAGGCUGCCGUGGUAGCGGUGGAAGCGGUGCCAGAGCUGGUGGUACUAGCGGGUCCCGUGGAGGUCCAGGCUGGGACAGCGUAAUCGCCCCAGUUUGUCACCUCAAUUUCUCUCCUACUGACCUGAGUAUUAUGUCUCAGUAGGCCUAGGUCAUGUUAAUAUACUGACGGCGGCAGAUUUUUUGUCAUUUUGCCGGAUCAUUGGACAGAUCACAGGCCGCAUAUGGUCAGCCCAGACUGAUGUUAUUUUUCUUAUGUCAUUUACUUGAUGAUGUUUGUGAUGAUCUGUGAAAAUAAAUAUGUGGUGGUUGAAUUCAUCCA